AUGAGGGGCCACACAGCCCUACUCUGCUCGGCACUGCUCAUACUUGGCGCUGCGUUGCUGCACCCAGCGCACCACGCGAUGGCCGAUGAAGGCGAUGAUGCCUCCGGCAGCGACACAGCCAGCUCGUCGACGUACGCUGACACGGCCAUGGCGCCAGCCCCGUCGCCGUACACAGACACGUCCGUGCCGCCGGCCCUGUCGCCGUACACUGACACGACCAUGGCGCCAGCUCCGUCGCCGUACACGGGCACGUCCGUGCCGCCGGCCCCGUCGCCGUCGUCAUCCAAUGGCACGGCCGUAGCGCCGGCUGUGGCCCCGCUGCCGCUGCCGUUCAUCGUCGUGGAGGGCGUUGUCUACUGCAAGUCGUGCAAGAUGAGGGGCUACAACAGCGAUCUGAACGCGUCACCGCUCCAAGGGGCGACGGUGCAGCUGGUGUGCUACGGGAAGAAGGUGGUGAACAUGACCGGGACGGUGACGGACGCGAGCGGCUACUUCCUGGUGAUGUUCUACGACCUGGAGAACUUCAACGCGCGCAACUGCAAGGUGUUCCUGGGCUCGUCGCCGACGCCGCUGUGCGACAAGGCCAUCUACCCGCCCAACAAGUGGAUCGGCCUCUCGCUCGUCAAGGAGACCAGGAGCUUCCCGCCCGUCGGCCUGCAGGCCAUCUACUGCCCCAACAGCGUCCUCUUCUACGGCCCCGCCACCGGCCAGUGCCCCUCCGGCUAACUCCCUACUGCAUGCGGCAGCUGAGCUCAUGGCCGGCCGUACGCCGGCGAUCGAGGUGCGUGACUGCAUGCGGCUGAUCGAUCGAUCGAUCAGGGACAGUAAGUAGCAAUAAUUAAGUAGGCAACUAGGCAUACGUAUGGUCAACGUGUGCCACUUGCAGUAGCCACAAGCUAGCUAGCCAGUGUGUUUCGGACUUUCAGUUCUAGUUUGAGAGGUAGCGCAGUUGUGAUGUUUCGAUCGCUUGUUAUGACUUG